UCGGGAGCGCAAUUUUUUUUUACGGGAAUAGUCGUAAUGAACGUUCUAACAAGUAUUUUCUAGAGAAUGAAAACCUAUGCAAAGGGUGUGAAUGUAUGCAAUUCCAGUAACAGAAGGUUAGAAAACCGAAUAACGUUGAAUGCCAGUUUUUUCAAUUCCUCAUUACUCUGCUAUCAACGUCAGGGCGAGUCCAUGUGCUCCGAAAAUUGAAAUUAGGUUUAUAUCUUUCACUUGUCUGUGUCAUGAUUUUUUAUACCUAUUGAAGUGACCGGGAGACCGCUCAUUAAUGAUAAAAUGAAAAACGCGGAGAAUUUGUUGAAAAAGACACUGUAUUCACCAUCAAGCCUUUAACGCACUUCAAGGAAUUCAAAACUGAACGAAACGAGAGACGAUGCUUUAAAAGGAAAGCCUAAGAUUGAAAGAGAUGAAGUCACAUUCCCUUGAAGAUAACGAAUCACUCAUGGAGUGGAGUCGAAUCUGCACAUUUACGAAGGAGGAGCAGUGUCAAAAAUUGAAAAACACUCUCCUCCAAAGACAAAAUGAUCCAGACCUGUUGGUCCGCGCGAAGAAAUUCACCGAAGCAGCAGAGGUCGAGAAAGAAAUGGAAACCUGGAAAAGAGAAAUAGAAGAGCUAUCAAAAUCCCGAACACUGAUCGUCCCCCAGACCCAGAAAGAGGCCAAGAACGACCCUGAAACGAUGAUAAAGUGCCUGACGAUCAUUUUCACAAUGGCCCAAGCAACAUCAGUAACGACCCUGACAUCAACCCUGAGAAGCCUCUUCAACAACCUGGCGCUCCCCAGUAUCGACCAGGACGAUGCAGGGGUCCAGGCCCAGGCUCUGAAGGCAGUGGGUGUCUGUCUCUUCCUCGAUGUGAGAGCUCGCCAAGAAGCACCUGUUGAUGUACCUCGUGGCGAUGACCUCAGACCAGGAGAACCAGGACCUAUGGCAGAUCUGUCUUGCUGUUAUUUUCGACAUGUUCCUGAGAUAUGGACUGGAUCAUUUCCAGGAGAUCAUCAGUACUGACAGGACAAUGGACAAUAGCAGGCAGAACCCAGAGAACAGCAGACGUCAUGGCACCAGUUCAUCUGUUAAUUCAGAAGAAAGCUAAAGAGAUUGGAUCUAGUCCCGAAAUCUUAUGAGCAUGGCUGUUACUCUUUUGAUGAAAGGGGAGCAUUCUGCCAAAGCUGUUAGUGAUUGACAACUAAUAAUCUACUAAUCCUAAUGGGAGAAUUCGCAGAUAGUAUGUCCUUCGACGGUCAUGAAUAGGAAGAUAACAGGAUGUUUGGAUCGUUAAGAGACAUUUUUCUUCAGAGAAUAUGCAAGAUGAAAAAAUUUUGUAAGGUUCUAACGAUGGAAAUCCUAUAAAAAAAUAAAAAGUAGUAAUCCCUUCUA